ACCACACCUCCAUCAAUACUUACCAACAAUUUCAUCUCUCACUCUCCUCCUCCACCACCGCCAUGGCCUUGAUCACCCCUACAACUUCCGCCCCUAAGCCCCUUCUUCCACCCAUUCGUUCCAAGCACACCACACCCUCUCUUUCCACCACCACCGCCACCGCUAACACAGCCACCACCCACCGCCGCAACUUCCUAUCAUUGACUGCCAUUGUAACCCUUUCCUCCCCGCUACUUGUUAUUCCGGCAGCAUUGGCUGCUUCCGAUGAUGAAUACGUAAAAGAGACACAGGAGGUGAUCAGCAAGGUCAGGAACACAAUCAACAUGGAUAAAACCGAUCCCAACAUAGCAACUGCGGUGGCUGAGCUAAGAGAAACCUCCAACUCCUGGGUGGCCAAGUACCGGAGAGAAAAGGCCCUCUUGGGACGGAUAUCUUUCCGGGAUAUUUACUCCGCCCUGAACGCUGUUUCCGGCCAUUACGUUAAUUUUGGUCCCACCUCUCCGAUUCCGGCAAAGAGGAAGACAAGAAUACUAGAAGAGAUGGAGUCGGCGGAGAAGGCUUUGUUGAGGGGAAGAUAGUGAGCAUAUAUAAUACACUGUAAUUUUACUUUUUUGUAUAAUUUAAUUCUUAUUAUAUAUGUUAUCUACGAUCCAUCGAGGUUUCUGAUAUAUUUUAACACAAUGAGCGAGAUUUGCUUGUGAUUUCU